UCUUGUUUUUGUCUUAUAUCUGUCCUUCUUCCACUAUUUAUCCUCCUUGUUUAUAUUAAACAAGAAAUCUAACCUUAUUUCAGUGAAAAAGAAUUAGCCGAUUUUGAAAACAAAAACUGAGUAUUGAGUGGACAAAACAUGGUGAUAAAAUAUAUUGGUAGGACGCAUUAUUUGAAAGGCAAACCAUUGUGGGAAAUAUUAGGAAACUUGAAGAACAAUGGAGUAGGUAGAAUGAUAAUACGAAGUACUCAACAAAGGUAUCCUGAAGCUUCCUAUAUGAAAAUACUUAAAGUUGCAGCAUUACCAGAUACUUCAAAACAUUUUCAUGAUCCACGGAAUGUUAUAGUAUUGGUCGAACAAGUUUUCCGAGGUAAAAAGCUUUCUAUACCUGUACAAAUAGAUACAGUGACUUAUAAGCCAGAUUAUAUAUUGAUUCCUAAAGAUCAGGAGGCAAAUUAUAUAAAUAGAACUCAACAACCAACGCAGAGGAUCAUGCCAACAACUACAAACUUUCCACCUCUUUUAAAAGAAAUAUUAAUGCGUCAAAAAGAUCUGAAAGAAGAUUCUUCCAAUUUAAAAUUAAAACUGAAAUAUGCUUCUUUAGGUAUUAAAAACUAUAAAAUCGCUGAAGAAGGUGAAACUCCUACAAUUAAUAUCGAUAUAGGAUUAGGAGAACCAGCAAGUCCUAGUUUAUAUACAAAUAUUAAGCAAGAGAACACAUCGUGAAUAUAAUUUUAUAUAUUUAACGAAUCUUAUAAUGUAAUAAUAAAAAUGAAAUAUUUGUUUAAACUAG